AUGUCAGGCAUCGGGGAAAUUUUGAAAGCGGUUGGUGAUUUUGGGCCAUUUCAGAAAUGGCUGGUGCUGCUCACUUCGUUUCCAGGCUUCAGUGUGGCUUUCCACCAGUUUUGCCAACUUUUUAUGGUUCCACACGUGCCACAUCACUGUGACACCAGCUGGAUCCAUGCCGUUGGCCCCAGACUGACGGAGGAAGAGCAGCUGAACCUCACCCUGCCCCGGGAUGCAGAUGGAGCGUACGAGCAGUGCUCCAUGUACUCGCCGGUGGACUGGGACCUCGCCUCCAUCGUGGCGUAUGGCCUGAAUGCCACGGAGAAAUGCAGCAGUGGCUGGGUGUACCCCUCAGCACAACCACCAUCCCUGCUGACCGAGUUUGACCUGGUGUGUGACAGAAAGGACCUGAACGACAUCUCCCAGUCCAUCUACAUGAUGGGGCUGUUCCUAGGAUCCAUGCUCUUCGGGCCAUUAAGUGACAGGAUCGGCCGCCGACCAGUCAUUCUGAUUUCCGUCUUCCUCCAGGGCUUGUUUGGUGUAGGAACUGCCUUUGUGUCCCAUUUCUAUGUGUACAUGGCCUUCAGAUGUGUCGUGGGGGCUUCCGUGUCAGGGAUCACCAUGACAAUACUGGCCUUAGCUACAGAAUGGGUCGGUGUCUCCUCCCGGCCAAAGGCAGUGCUUAUUUCUCACUGCUGUUUCGCCAUCGGACAGAUGCUUCUGGCUGGUUUGAGUUACGGUAUUCGCAACUGGAGGCUCCUGCAGAUUGCGGGAUCUGCUCCUAUAUUUGCCUUUUUCUUCUGCAUUCA